AUGAAGCUGGCUUUGCACAGGAUAGCAGGCACCACCGUCAGCACCUUGACAACAGGUGUCCAGUACCUCGGCUCCAACGACGCCAUCUACGACGACCCCGCCGCCGCCUCCAGCCUGAACAAGAAUGGGUUCCACUUUGAGAAGCCCCACUCUGCCUCCAUCAGCAGCUCCUUCCCUGGAAACAAGGAGAUCAUCUACAGCGCCCUCGCUCCCGUUUUCCCCACCAACGUGUCCGACUUCCUGCCGGGUAACGUCACGUCUGUGGCCAGCGGAGGGGCGGCGCAGUGCGGGGAGAACUUUGAGGACAACAUGGAGUGUUUUAUGAUCCUCACGCCUGGUCAGCAGCUCGCCAUCGCCAUCUUGGCGCUCACGUUGGGUACGUUUACGGUGCUGGAGAACCUCAUGGUGCUGUGUGUGAUCCUGCACUCCCAGACACUCCGAUCGCGGCCUUCCUACCACUUCAUCGGCAGCCUGGCGGUGGCUGAUCUCAUAGGAAGCAUCAUUUUCGUGUACAGCUUCCUGGACUUUCACGUCCUCCACAGAAAGGACACGCCCAACGUUUUCCUCUUCAAGCUGGCCGGGGUCAUCGCCUCCUUCACCGCCUCCGUGGGCAGCUUGUUCCUCACCGCCAUCGACCGCUACAUCUCCAUCCACAGGCCUCUGGCGUACAAGCGCAUCGUCACCAAGAACAAAGCCGUGGUGGCCUUCUGUAUGAUGUGGACCAUCUCCAUCGUCAUCUCGCUGCUGCCGCUGCUCGGCUGGAACUGCAAGCGCCUCGGCACCGUCUGCUCUGACAUUUUCCCUCUGAUUGACCAGAAGUACCUGAUGUUCUGGAUCGGGAUGACCAGCAUCUUGGUCCUGUUCAUCAUCUAUGCCUACAUCUUCAUCCUGUGGAAGUCCCACCACCACGCCGUCCGCAUGCUGAGCCGCAGCUCCCAGAGGAGCGUCAUCGUCUACACCGCCGAGGGGACUAAAGUGCAGACGGUGAGGCCCGAGCAGGCCCGGAUGGACCUCCGUCUGGCCAAAACCCUGGUCCUGAUCCUGGUGGCCCUCAUCAUCUGCUGGGGCCCGCUCCUCACCAUCAUGGUGUACGACCUCUUCGGGAAGGUGAACGACUUCAUCAAAACUAUCUUUGCCUUUUGCAGCAUUCUCUGCCUGCUCAACUCCACCGUCAACCCUGUGAUCUACGCCAUGAGGAGCAAGGACCUGCGCCGGGCCUUCCUCAACAUCUGCCACGUGUGCCGGGCAGCGACGCAGCCCCUGGACAACAGCGCCGAGAGCGACUGGAACAGCAGGAGCGUGAGAGCCACAGCGGGCAGGGCGGGGAAGGACGGCGGCGGCGCGAGCACAAAGACUCGGAUAAAAGUGGCCCAGGUUACCGUUUCUGGAGGGACUGAGAGUUCUAACGCAGACCCGGUCUAG